AUGGGGUUAAACAUUUAUGAGAAUGUGGCUUAUUUACGUGGUAUAGUGAAUUCAACUUUCUCAGGUUUAUUUGUAAAAUCUGAGCCAUUUUUUAUGGCACUUAAAAAUACUCAACAAUUAAAUAAAUCUAUAAAAAGAAAAUCAAAUGUAAUUGAAAAUUCAUUUGAAAAUAAUAGUAAUUUAAAAAGUAUUGUGAAUACUGGAGUGAUUGUAAGAAAAGGAGUCAAAUUAAAUCCUUUGGAAUCUCAGGCUGCAUUUGUUCGUGUUCAAGAACUUGAAAAUCAAAUGCACAAUGAAAAAAGAAAAAAGAAAAGAUUAUGA